AUGCGCCUCUACCUACUCCCGCUCACCACGAGCCGGACUCUGCUCUACGCGCAGCGCCUCAACGUUGCGACCAACAGCCAGCAAGGCUUGGCGGACAAGGUUGGCAAGAAGGCCGCAAAGCUGUGGGCCGGCUGGGAAGCCAGGGAGAGCGGCUGGCAGAAGAAGGUCGUCAACUACGGCAACUACGCCCUCCGUCGGAUCCCCUACGAGGAAUGGGGCCUGAAGUCGGUCCCGCCCAUCUCGGCGCGUCGCAAGGACGACGAGCUCAAGGGCAACGAGAAGAUUGAGCUGGUCUUCCCGGACAAGGUUAUCCCCACGGGGAAGGCGGAGCAGGUCGUUAGGACACUGGCGAAGGAACGGGACGCGCUGCACAAGAGGAAGCUUAUAUGGUGCUUGAUUGGCAUGCCCAUAUCGGCGCCCUUCGCGCUCGUACCGGUGAUACCUAACCUGCCCUUCUUCUACCUAGCCUAUAGAGCUUGGUCGCAUUGGCGCGCUCUCGAGGGAGGCAAGCACCUCCGAUUCCUCGUUGAUAACAAACUCCUGGCCCUAUCCCCAUCGAAGCUGCUGAACGACAUUUAUACGCCGUUGAUCCCCAAAAACACGACCCAGACGCCGUCGAAACCAGCCCUGGGCCAAAGCGAACCUCUGCAGGGCAAAGCGGAAAACGCAGAGGACGAGGCGAUCCUGCUUUCGCAGGCCAAUGGCCAGCGUAUCGCCAAAGUGCUGGACGUGCCCGAGUUGGCCGUCGAGAUCGAACGGGCUAUUUGGCAGGUGAACCAUGCCAAGCAGGCCAAUCAAGAAGAAGUUACGGACGAUGCCGCCAAGCAAGCCAACGCCGAACCCCCAAAAGACAAAAGAAACCCUGCUGCUCCGCCCGAUAAUGAGAAAAGGUAG